AUGACACCAUUAGCGACCAUCCUUUCCUGGCUACUGUUGUGUGCCGUUUGUGCACUGGUACUUCCAACCGCACCCCAAGAAAUCUACGGAAGCCCGGAAAAACUGCAAGCCGCACUGGAUAAUUCUUCCUGCCCGGAAGCGCUGACAGUGCGGGACGUAAGGCCCCAAACCUGUUGUACAAGCUUUCUUAGUCUCCAUAACGUCAUCAUCGAAUGUCUGGCAAAGCCCCUCUCCAGUACGUCCUGCAUCGGGCACUGUUUGUUGCAAAACUUUCGGGCACAGAAAAUUCUCGUCAACAGCAUGUUGACCCUUUCGAGCCUGAUUACCGUGGGACCGAAGCUGUCCGCUCACUACGAGCAAUGUCAGAACAUGCUGUUCGAGUUUGUCGUGGGCAAUACGUUCGAUGGAGACUUCCGGCGUAUCGUGUGUGACGAGCGGCUGGAGCGGUUCUUCGAGUGUAUGGUGAAGAGCUGGUUGCAGGACUGCAUGGGAUACGACGAUUCUAAUGCCAGGUGCGUUGAGCUGCAGAAGGUUGUAAAGGGCUCCACGUGUAGCAUGCGAUCGUUCUUCACACACUCGGUUACCACGAAGUAG